AUGUUUGGAGUAUUACAGGUUGAAUUUCUUAAGGACUACGACUACGUGAUAGAUUAUCAUCCAGGAAAGGCAAAUGUGGUAGUCGAUGCCUUAAGCAUAAAGUCAAUGACUAAGUUGCAAGCUCUCCUAACACGUUUGAGUUUAUCUAAUGACGGUGGUUUUCUAACUGAGUUGCAAGUCAAGCCAGAGUUGGUAGGUGAAGUCAAUAUGCUACAAAUUUCAGAUGACCAGCUGAGAAGUUUCAUCGAGCAGGUUCGCCAGGGCGAGGCCUCAGGUAGUAACAAGAUGUACCAGAAGCUUCGUAGAUUAUUCUAUUGGCCAGGAAAGAAAAGAGAAGUGCCUGAGUUCGUAGCGAGAUGUCUAAUAUGUCAACAGGUUAAGGUGGAACACCAGGCUUCCUCAGGCCUUCUUAAGCCCAUUCAGAUUCCUCAUUUGAAAUAG